AUGGAGAGGGUCAAACAGUUUAUCAACUUGCCUUUUACUUACCACCUGUUUUUCGGUCAUCUGCUGAGAUUGUUUCUGAUCUUGUACGCUGAUUAUCACGACCAACAUUUCGAUGUGCCGUACACCGAUGUCGACUAUAAAGUGUUCACUGACGCCGCGAGACACGUCCUCAAAGGGGAGUCUCCGUACAAACGUCAUACAUACCGCUACAGCCCGGUCAUCGCCUAUCUGCUGCUGCCAAACAUCGUUAUCGGCAGGAACUUUGGGAAACUAUUGUUCUCUACCUUCGACGUUCUGGUCACCAUCGCAAUCAAGAGCUUAGUGGAACAUCAGUUGGGCGGUCCCGCGGACAGACAAAUAUCGAGAAUAUCAAUGUAUUGCGCUUUGUUCUGGCUCUAUAACCCUAUGAGUAUAGCUAUUUCUACACGUGGCAACGCGGACACUGUGCCUUGCUUUUUCAUAAUACUAUCAGUACUCUUCUUGCAAACGAAUGUAGUCAGAGGAAUGAAGAAGUACGCUCUCUCGGGCAUUCUCCUCGGUAUCGCUAUACAUCUACGUCUUUAUCCUCUAGUCUUCAGCUUCCCCAUGUAUCUUUCUUUGGGAGAUUAUAAGAUCAACCGCCGAACAAGCAUGUCAGACGGGCUGUUAGCGUUAAUUCCGAACAAAAAGCAAAUUACGUUAGCACUAACAUGCGUUUUAACUCUGUUUACAAUCACGCACGCUAUGUACUUAUUGUAUCAAUACGAGUUUCUUUUCGAGACUUAUAUUUAUCAUCUAUUCAGAAAGGACACGCGGCACAACUUCUCGGUAUUAUUCUACUAUUCGUAUUUGACAAUGGAUCAACUCGCCUUCGAUAUGGUUAAAACGAUUUCUCAAGUUUUGGAAUUCAUCAUCUUGUUCGUAAUAAGCUUGGCGUUUGGCGAACCACAAACGUUGACUUUCGCUAUGUUCUGUCAGGCGGUUGUGCUCGUAGCGUUCAAUAGCGUGAUGACUUCGCAGUAUUUCGUAUGGUUCCUCUCGCUUCUACCGCUAGUGGUACAUAACCUCAAAAUAAAACCGGCCAUCGCUUUGGUUUUGGCGGUAAUCUGGCUAGCGACGCAAGGCGCAUGGCUGUUCUAUGCGUAUCUUCUUGAAUUCAAAUCUCGAGAGGUUUUCAUACUAAUUUGGCUGAAAAGCAUAUUAUUCUUCUGCGCAAAUAUUUACGUCCUAGGGCAGCUUAUAAAAAAUUACUGCCCCGGCUACGGCUUCGGACAAUUGAAAAUGGUCUUAAAAAAAACUAAGUAGGUAGGUUUUUAGUUUACAAAUUGUGUUGUAGAUAGAGUAGGUAGUGUAUAGAAUUUGAACUUUGGUCAUGAAAUAAAAUAUUCAAAAAAACGUU